ACCUGAGUUUUGUUUUGAUACUGAUCAAUUUUUAAUCUUUCAGAAAAAUGUAAGAAAUAAGUAUUCUUACUCUUCAUUACGACUCGUAUUAAAAAUAUAGUAGGUAUAUAAAAUAAUACUAGCGACUAUCCUGCAAUUGUUCCUUUACUGUCUCGAUAGUCCUCCAUUGGCAUCUUGGUUAAAUAUUUUGAUUAAUUGUAAAUUUUCCGGUACUUUUCCUACAGCUCAUCAACAGAUAAUUAGAUACAUAUAAUCCUCUGUGAAACAGCAAUAACAUCAAGAGAAAUCUAAUUUAUAACCAAUGUCUGCGCCAGGGCAUACCAAUAUGCUGCUAAGCAGUUUCAUAAAUCUUUUCUCGCCACCUUCCUCGACCAGCGAUGACAAUGUAGAAAUAAUCGAAAAACAGCAAGGGAUGCUCGUACAUAAUCGGCAUAUAGUUAUAGAUUUGGUUAAUAAAAUCUUCGAUGAUAAGCUCGGCAACGUUGAAUUAUCUUCGUCGCACUGCUCAAGCGUGGCGAAGAGAAGCUCCGAAUACAGCUAUGACAGGCGUCUCAAGUACUGGAAGGAAAUGUUGGAGCAGCGCAAGUCUGUGCAAGCGAAUAUUCAGUCGAAGACCGGUAAAGCAGCAGCCGAAGUGCUUUUCAAUCGUGCAGUUACAGUUGAUGAACGCGACAAACAGACCGUGCGUCGCCUAAUGGACUAUGCAGAACGCAUGAAUCCGUUGUCCGUAAUGAAUAAACAUGAGUCUAUAUUACCGGAAUAUAUUGACUGCAGCACGUGCCAGCAUGUAAAUGAAAUACGUGAAACGUUGCCAAAGGCGGAGCGUGAUGGUGAAAAAAUAGUCGAGAUAAGUGGCUUACCAGCUGUGACUAAGGAAGAGCUGCUGGGCCAGCCUAAGGAUCAGGGCAUGUGCAGGAAAUCGGAUUGGUUGAAGUCGAAGGUGCUAGAGGAUCGCAUUGAACAGAAGCGAGAAGAUUUAGAACGCGUUAUUGAAUUUUAUCCAGAUAUUGAAAAGUUGCAAGUUGUAGGCCAAAGUUUUAAUAAGAUAAAUGUGUUGCGCCACAAUGUUGACAUAAAGUAUAUAGGUGAAGAACUUAUACAUGAGAUAUCACAAGAUUCAGCAAUUGGUCAGCCCGAUGCCCAGGUCGGAGCAAUUUUGGAAGUACCACAACCACUGCCCGACUAUAGCGUCCGGAUAAACGAUCAUGUUUUUGAACUUACUGAGAAGCGUAGCGCUAAGUAUGUCGAGAUAGAGAUCCGUUUCGAAUGUGAGCCCUUUGAAAAAAUCAUUAAGCGUGUCCUACAUCUGGAGAACUUGGGUAAAAAGGUGUUGAACUUCGAAUGGAUUCCACGGCCGUAUUUCGAGAAGAACGCUAAUUUGCUCAAGGCCAACGAUAAUGAAUUUAUCUUCCAACACAAGCCAUUUCGUCUGUCCACAGGAGACACCAUGGACAUUGUGGUGCAAUUUCAGCCACGUCGAGUCGACGUUAUAAAACAAAAGUGGAUGUUAAAAAUUGAUCCACAAUUUGUUUGUCGCAAAAUCGACGCAGUUGUGUUGCGCCUGAGUGGAAGGUGUAAGCCAGCGCCAGAAUAUCUGCAAAAAAUACAAGCUGUUCAAAAGGAUGUAUUGGAUAAGUCCAAUACGAAGAUGGUACGAAAACUCACCACUGGCUUGGCUUCACUCACGCCACUCAUCAAGCUGCCCGAAACACCUUGCCCGUACAAGCGCGCUCUCACCGAACUGGAGCUCUUCGAAUUCAUUAAUCCCGGCUAUCGUUGUGAGCGUUAUCACGACAUACAACUACUGAAGGAACUAUACCAGCGAUUAAAGAAGCCACGUGAACCGGCCUGGGAUCUGAGUGUGGAAACCUUGAAAGCUAUGAUAUUACGCCAAGGAAGUCCCGAUCAACGCGCUUUACUUUUUGUAGAGAUGAUGGGUAUUUUGGAGGAGAUGCGUGGCAAACCUUCCAUAGAUUUUGAAGAGAAAAUAUUGCACAAUACAGAACGUGAACGGACAUGCUAUGUGUACGUGCGGGGCAUUAUAUCGACGGGUAUCGACGAAUGGGAAGAGCUGGCAUUGACGAUUGAGGAAGCCUUUCUAAAAGUAGCAUGGAAAGAGUAUAUCGACAACUAUUAUGCCAUUCAAGAGGACAUCCCUUCUCUGUCCAGGGAGGAUGCUGGUGGUGAUGUUGAAGAUACGGAGUUACAGGAACCGGACGAGCUUGACAAGGAGGAAAUCAACAAGUGGCUGGCUAAGGAGCUACGUCAUCGUAAGGCAUUCCGCGACACACUCUAUGUGCAGACUUAUACACAUUUGUGUGAUUUCAUUGAAGAUAUUGUGUCUGUGAUUGAGAGCACAGAUGUCGUUUGAGCGACUUCAGAUUUUCCGGUGGAUAGGUUACUUAACGCGCUAGGAAAAUAAAUCCGUAAUAAUGAAGUAGAAAAUUUAUGUAUCGCUUGAGAGGUGGUGUACUGAUAAAGAAUGUCUUAUUUUUAUAUAUUUAAUAAAAGAAAUGGGAAAACUUGCUUGAAACAAUGCAUUUGGUUCAGAAAAGACAUUACUGUUUGACCUUUGGGGCUGCCGUUAGUGGAACUCGACGACAACGACUGAGAUA